CUGUCAGUGUUGCCAUGUCACUGCUUAAAAACAGCAGCACUGACCCGUUUCCCUUUUUUUACAAUUUUCUGCUUCCUCAUUUCUCAGUUUUUCCAGCUUUUGACAAUUCAGCGAUGAUUUGAAUAUGCUGUGAGUGUGUUCAGUGUGAGGACUCACGCUCACACACUCCUCCUGCUCGCUUCAUACUCAAACUCGUCUAGCAACACAAAUCCGGGCACAUUUUUGUCUCACACACCGACAGAGCAACACUACAGGUCUGAGGUUAUGGGGCUGAGACACGCUGGAUCCAUCCGCACAGACACACGCUGAGAUGACUCUGUUGCUAAUGUGAGUUAUUGGGAGGUCAGAGAAGAAGGAGCAGAGGGGUUUUCUGUUCUUCAGUGAUCUCACGAUGAUGUCUUUACAUGAACCCUGAUCCGCUGUUUGCACCGCAACACGUUUGGGCCACGAUGUCUCUUUCACAGCAGGUUCUGGUGAACUAUGAAUACACCUACACUGCUCGAGAUGGCAGAAACGUGUCGAUUAAACCUAAUGAGCACUACAUAUUAGUAAACAAGACCAACGAGGAAUGGUGGCACGUCCAAAAGGAUGCAGCAGACAAACCUUUCUACAUCCCAGCAAAAUACGUGACCGAACUCCCAGCUGAGACCGGCCAAACUCCAUUGGACCCUCCGGAAGAGUUUAGUGGAUAUGAAUCCCUCCAGUUCGGCUCACACACAGAUCCUGCUGAGGUCACGCUUCGAGUUCCUGACUCUAUAAAACGAGACACAGAGAAGGACGGUCAUAGGAUAUCAACAUUUAUUAUUCCAAAGGAAUUCUUUGAACUCAAGGGUUUGGAUCCAGACCCCAUAAAGACUGAAGCAGAGGCUGGUCCUCUCGUAUCCUCCAACACUUCGUCUCCAACUAAUGGAGAAACAGCAGGCUUUAUUAUACUGCCUCCGCCUGUAUAUACAGUUAACACAACACAGUCCACGGAGACAGACACCAGGUCAGUGGAUGAUCCUAAAGAUUCAGCAGGGAGGCCGCGUGUGGACUCAAGCACUAUUGAUGAAGACAUUCAGAUGCUCAAUAGAGCAGGUUGGAGUGAAGUAUUGGAGGUCAUGGGUAAAGAGAAGAAUGUUUAUGAGAGUUUGGAUGCAGGGAGAGAACCCGAAUCCCCAAAAGAUGAAGCUGACACGACUGUAAACACAAUUCCUGUUACACCAGAGCCCAUGGUGGAGGAUGACAGCGCCCUCACAGCGGUGUAUGUGAACAUCCCUCGGAGGCGUCAAACGCCCAUCAACAACUCCAGCCCCAUCACUUCUUCACUGCAGGACUUUCCAGAGCCUCCCGAAAACUUCCUUCUGGACUCAGGAGGAUGGCAGGUCCACACUGACGACCAGACCGGCCAAGAGUUCUACUAUCAGCCCUCCACCGGCCGCAGCACCUGGGAGAAUCCGCUCAGCAGCCGCUCAAUGGAGUCGUCGGUGGGCACAGAAGGGGGUCGAUCCCCUCCGUCUUUCCCUCAGUCUCCUGCCUGCUCGCCGGUAGCUCCUGCUCUGCGCAGGUGGAGCUCGGACUGGGAGAAGGUUCUGGAUGAGAACACAGGCAGACAUUAUUUCUUUAACACUGUGUCAGGUCAGAGCUCAUGGGAUCCUCCGGAGGACGUCAACUCACCUGGACAGCUGAUGUUUCUGGAUGAUUGUCCGCCUCCACUUCCAGAGGAAGAUUACCCUGCAUCCCCUGAGCUAGAGGAGGCGUCUCCUGUCUCCAUCCCAGCAGAGUAUUCUCUGAUUCAUGUGAAGAAGGUCUCCAUCCCGCGGGUCAGUCUGGACCGCAGCAGUCCGGCCGGCUGGAGUCUCGACAUCGACUCUGAGGGUACCUGGACCUUCACCAGCGAAUACACGCAGGAGCAGUGGAUCAAGUCGCUCGACGAUCAGGGACGGACGUACUAUUACCUGAGAGACGGAAGCAAGUCCCAGUGGAAUUUACCUGAGUACUCUGCCAGUCCAGGACAGUAUGGAGUGGGAAACGGGGCCUCAGGAGAGCAGGACACAGUGGGAUCCAACUGGAGACACAGUGCAGGAUACCCAGAUGAUAAGAAUCAUUCAUCAUAUAUUCAGAAUACAUCAGACAGUGAAGCCUCCAGCUCUCCCGAUACUCCACACAACGUUUCAAAUUUGGAGAAGGCUGGAAUACUGAAUAAAACAAAGGUGUCUGAAAAUGGGAAGAAAGUCAGGAAGAACUGGGGUCAUUCCUGGACGGUUCUCCAUGGAGGAAUACUGACCUUCCAUAAAGACCCGAAGUCCACACCAGCCGGAGCAUCGAGCAAGACAAAUCAGAUACUCCCAGAAUUCACAGUGGAUCUGAAAGGCGCCACAAUUAACCGGGCGCCCAAGGAGAAAUCAAGCAAGAAAAACGUUCUGGAGCUUAAGACUCGGACUGGUGCCGAAUACUUGAUCCAGUACGACACUGAUAGCAUCAUCCAAGAUUGGUAUAAAGUUAUCUUAGAUACCAUACACCAGCUGAAUGGGGAUCAGCAUCACUCUGAAGAAGAGGAGGAGGUCAUUGAGAAAUCUCCAACCUUAGACAGAGAGGAGAGACCCUUUGAAAAACGAACUAUGAGCACUGCAUCUCGACAGCCUUCAACCAGUUCCACAUCUGAAGCGGAACAGAAGAAAGUUCGCACCAAACUGAAGAAGUUCCUCCUGAAGCGUCCCACACUGCAGUCCGUCAAAGACAAGGGUUACAUCAGAGAAAAUGUGUUCGGAUGUCAUCUGCACAAUCUCUGCAGCCAGGAGAAGACCAGAGUGCCCAGCUUUGUGGAGAAAUGCAUUCGGGCCGUUGAGAAAAGAGGUCUAGAAAUCGAUGGACUCUACAGAGUCAGUGGGAAUCUGGCGGUUAUCCAGAAACUGCGCUUCAAAGCAGAUCAUGAGGAUCUGGACCUGGAGGAGGGAAACUGGGAUAUUCAUGUGAUCACAGGAGCGCUGAAACUCUUCUUCAGAGAACUGCAGGAGCCUCUCUUUCCUUACAACCUCUUCAAUGAGUUCAUCUGUGCAAUUAAAACCCCUGAUUAUUACAGUAAGAUAUCGCACAUGAGGAAUCUGGUUCGGUCUUUACCUCCACCCAACCAUGACACAAUGGAGGCUCUCUUCAGCCAUCUACGCAGGGUUAUUCAGCAUGGCAAUGAGAACAGAAUGACUGUUCAGAACGUGGCCAUCGUCUUCGGCCCGACGUUACUCAAGCCUGAGGAGGAGACGGCAAGCAUCGCAACUUACAUGGUCUUCCAAAACCAGAUCGUGGAAUUCUUACUCAGCGAAUUCGAGUCAAUCUUCCACAUGUAAUCGACCUGAACUUGCUCUUGACACAAACCCCCACUCAAAUGCUGGAAAUAACGAGAGAGGAGAUGCAAAACUUCGUAACAACUCUGUAAAGGAAAACCUCUCUACACAGCAGGUUUCGAAUAGAGAUGCUGCAAAAAGCUAGAAUGUAGCCUCUUUAAUUAAUAUAUUAAUACACCUGAAACAGAAGCAGGUUUUUUAUGAGGAGUAUUAAAUAUUGAAGGAGAAGCAGACAUUUUUUGCUGUUGGUUUACUCUCGCUUAAGCCAUCGGGAUGGAUGUGUCGUCAUUAUCUGCAUGAAACAUUAAAGAGGAUUUUUAGCUUUAACUGUGGUUCUUGAUGAUUUACAAAAUGCCUGUCAAAAGCACUUUAACUCUCAACAGGCAAAAUUAAAGAAAUCACUAUGGCUCCUUAUGAUAAAUUAAGUUCUUGUGAAGCAAAAUAAUGAUUCUGGGCAAGAAAUUGUAGAGUAUUUACAUCAUUAUUACAUAGACCGUUAAUACAACAAACUGUAACACACUGUUUAUUACAACUUUAGAAAUACAGUUGAAAACCAAAUGAUUAGCUCCUAUUUUUCAUAUUUCCCAUCUGCUGUGUAAUAGAUGGUAGCUCAAUGGGUAGCACUGUCGCCUCACAGCAAGAAGGUUGCUGGUUCGAGUCCUGGCUGGACCAGUUGGCAUUUGUGUGUGGAGUUUGCAUGUUCUCUCCAUGUUGGUGUGGGUUACCCCCACAGUCCAAGCACAUGCGCUAUAGGUGAAUUGGGUAAACAAAAUUGGCCGUAGUGUAGUGUGUCUGUGAAUGCGAGUGUGUAUGGGUGUUUCCCAGUACUGGGUUGCAGCUGGAAGGGCAUCUGUUGCUCUAAAAUAUGUUCUUUUUAAAUGUCUGGGUAUAAAAUUGAAAUAUUUUCCCUUUUAAACACACUAUAUCUUAUUUUGAGAAACAUUUAAAAUAUUUUGAAACAUUAAACGUCAGGCUAAAUGAAUUAUUGACUUCUGAUGUCUUCAUUUCUUUAAAAAAUAGAUUUUUUUUAACUAUUUAAAACAGCAUCUCUGGAUAUCUUUUCUGCUGAAGAUACUGUUGUUCUAAAAAAACAACAAAAAAACAUAAAUAAAAAAUCUUACACACACCUUAGGAACGGUAUUGCAGUAAAUUUUGACGGUUUUAAAACCUUGACUUUUCUAAACCGCGAUAUACUUUGAAAACGGUUAACGUCUCAUGUCAGAGACUAAACCGAAGAAUCCAUUCAAACCAAUGAAUGAAUGAAUGUUUAAUAGAGCAAGGACAUUUUUCAGAGUAUUUCCUAUUAUUUUCUUCCAAAGAAAGUCUUUCUUUGAUUAUUUUUUGUUUUAAGCUCAAACAAAAAGACUGCUAAGGUCAAUAUUUUUCGAUUUUGUUUUGAUUGUCUACAGAGCAAACCAAUGUUGUCCAAUGACUUGCCUAAUUAACCUAAGCUGCCUAAUUAUCCUAGUUAAGCCUUUAAAUUGCACUUUAAGCUGAAUAGUAGUAUCUUGCAAACUAUUAUGUACUGUCACCUUGACAAAAAAGAAAUAAAUUAGUUAUUAGAAAUAACAGUUAAUAAAAUAAUUCAAAUUUCACAGGAAGGCAAUUAGAGGUCACAGGAGGCUUGCACCAUCCAAAUUCAGGUAAUGUUUAAAUAUUAUUAUUAUUUAUUUAUUUUUUUUUUUGCAUAGCCUGAUGUUUGCUUCAUAAGACCUCAACUUAUCAUCAAAAGCCUGGGGUGUUACUUUUAUUUUGCCUUUUUAUUAUGUUUUUUUAGCACUCUUAUAGUGCUCAUAGCUGUUAACCUGCAUUUCAUGAAUCACCAAGGAGCCCUGUUUCAGAUCUAAUAACUCUUUAAUGGAAGUAAAUCAACAGCAAGUUUUCUUUUGCGAGUGAACUAUCCCUUUAAGACGAGCUGCCAUGAACAUUUUUCUAAGAAUAUUAGUAAGCUUUCUUUAUCGAAUGGUCUGCAGCUCCUCCACUUUAUUUCUUGCUCUUUUAAAAGAGGUCAGCAGUAAAUAAUAAUAUUGCUUUUCUGUGGUAUUUUGCAUUCCUGUAGAGUUGUGUGAAACACUGAACGUUUUUACCCUUUUCAUUUGUGUUGGCAAUGUAAUAUUAGAUAUACGAUACUGAACUGCAACAUGCUUAUGUUUAGUUUAUGUUCAAUUUACUUUCUCUUCUUCUAAUACUUGCAUUUGUAACAUAGAACGUUAUGAGGAAAACGUACUGCAGGACCUGGAAUUGGAAAUUGGAAAUGCUAAGUUGUACAUUGUCAUUUAAAGGCACAAUAUUUUAGAUCUUCUGGUACCAAAAUAUAGAACCUGUGAAAUUUGCACAUAGAUGAGCAUUAAUAUUUUGUGGAAAUUGGCACACUUAUAUUUAGCAAUAAUCACUGUAAGAUGUUUGAAGGCACGUGUGUGUGUGUGUGUGUGUGUGUGUGUGUGUGUGUGUGUGUGUGUGUGUGUGUGUGUGCGUGUGCGUGUGCGUGUGCGUGUGCGUGUGUGUGUAUAGAAAAGGCAUAUUUAUGCUGUACAUUACCUGAAGUAAGCAAGCUUUUAAUAAAGUAACUCUUUUAUAAAUUAA